UUGCCAUGAGUGGGAAGUCGCUGCUGCUGAAGGUGAUUCUCCUGGGCGAUGGUGGCGUUGGGAAGAGCUCCCUCAUGAACCGCUACGUCACCAACAAGUUUGACUCUCAAGCUUUCCACACCAUUGGGGUGGAGUUCCUCAACCGGGACUUGGAAGUGGACGGGCGCUUUGUGACCCUCCAGAUUUGGGACACGGCGGGCCAGGAGCGCUUCAAGAGCUUGCGGACCCCCUUUUACAGGGGGGCGGACUGCUGCCUAUUGACCUUCAGUGUAGACGACCGCCAGAGCUUUGAGAACCUGGGCCACUGGCAGAAGGAAUUUAUCUGUUAUGCCAACGUGAAGGAUCCUGACCACUUCCCUUUCGUUGUGCUGGGCAACAAGAUAGACAAGGUGGAGAGGCAGGUGACCACCGAAGAAGCCCAAGCCUGGUGCUUGGAAAAUGGAAAUUAUCCGUAUCUGGAGACCAGUGCCAAGGAUGACACAAAUGUGGCCGUGGCCUUUGAGGAAGCUGUUCGGCAGGUGUUGGCCGUGGAGGAGCAGCUGGAGCACUGUUUGCUGGGCCACACCAUUGACCUUCACUCCAACACCAAGUCGGGGUCUUCUUGCUGCUGAGAGCAACCGUGCAACAGAAACCAGAUCCUUGAACCAGCCACCCUGCGGUAGAGGUUCUGGAGGAGGCCCUUAGAAUGUAGUCAGAAAGGGCAGGCGGGAGGCCCAGGGACAGCUGGAGGUAGCCAUUCUUCUGUUUUGCAUACCUAAUAUA